AUGGCAGCCAAACCACCUUCAAGCUCAAGGUCGUCGGCGAAAAACCCCAAAGCCCGCAAGUCCGCCACGACUGGGCCCUCGAGGAAGUCGAACAAAAUCGCAAAACGGCCACCGCCAAAACAGGUCAAAACGAGGCCUGGUGUCCAUUCCCAGACGGCGGUACAGGCCGCGAAGCCGUCGAAGCGCAGCCAAAAGACCUACUCGGACAAAGACCUCAACCUGCCCUCCCUCAACAUGAUCACCCCGGUGUCCGCCCCCGAGAACCCCACCAACCACUCUCGCAGGGGAGGCACGGGGAAAAAGAAGAACAAAAUCUACAUUGACGACGAAGAAUCCAUGCGCACGAUACUGGCCAUGGUCAAUGCCGAGAAGGAGGGCCAGAUCGAGAGCAAGUUGAUCAAGGCGCGACAGAUGGAAGAAAUUCGAGAGGCGCGACGGAAGGAGAUGGAGAAGAGGAAGGAGACAAAGAAAGAGGAGCUGGAAGGUGUCAAAAAGGGACUGAAGAAAGGGAACAAGAAAACCAAAUCGCAGAAAAGAGAACGGACCGCUGAAGAUGAUCGGCCUUCUCCCAAGACGAAGCCCAAGACCCAAAAGCGAGUGUCGUUUGCGUGA